AUGCUCGCCUACUCCAUCACAAAACUACAGCUCGAAGAGGCCGAAGACAACAAUGAUGAAGUUGAGCUUCCAGCUGAUCUCAGUAACCCCUUCUUCAUCUUCUUGGGCUUUGAUGCAAAGUUGGAAGGAGGGUGUGGACAGAGAAGGGAAAGAGAGGCUGUCGUCGUAGUCAUAGUCGGAGGCGCCGGUGGAGGAGUGGUUGAGAAGGAGGUGGAGAUAGAGGGAGCGGUCGAAGAGAUUGCGGGACCAUGUGAGGGCAAAUAUGCCUAA